UUCCUCUUCGCCCAAAAACAAAAACCCCAGGAGGGAGAAGGAAGAGAAGAACGAGAUUUUGAAGGAAAUGGACGUCAUAAAAUCGCAGCAGAUAUCCUCCCGACCGAUCGAGAAGGUAGUGGUGCACCCGCUGGUGCUUUUGAGCAUCGUCGACCACUACAAUCGGGUGGCGCGUGACACUAGGAAGCGCGUGGUUGGAGUUUUGCUCGGGACUUCCUUUAAAGGCACCGUUGACGUCACCAACAGCUACGCCGUUCCUUUCGAAGAAGAUGACAGAGAUUCAAGCAUCUGGUUUCUUGACCAUAAUUACCAUGAGUCGAUGUUUUCUAUGUUCAGAAGAAUAAAUGCCAAGGAGCAUGUUGUUGGUUGGUAUAGCACUGGGCCGAAACUGAAGGAGAAUGACCUAAGUAUUCAUAGCCUUCUCACUGACUAUGUUCCCAAUCCUGUAUUGGUCAUUAUAGAUGUUCAGCCGAAAGAGCUUGGAAUUCCUACUAAAGCCUAUUACGCUGUUGAGGAAGUUAAAGAGAAUGCCACUCAGAAAAGCCAGAAAGUUUUCGUGCAUGUCCUUUCUGAAAUUGCUGCUCAUGAAGUUGAAGAAAUUGGUGUGGAACACUUAUUAAGAGAUGUGAAAGACACAACUGUCAGCACCCUUGCAACAGAGGUGACUGGAAAGCUUGCUGCCUUAAAGGGUUUGGAUGCACGACUGAAAGAGAUUCGAAGCUAUCUUGACGUGGUUAUUGAAGGGAAGCUACCCUUAAACCAUGAAAUCCUAUACCAUCUCCAGGAUGUGUUCAACCUACUCCCAAAUCUAAAUGUGUCUGAACUGGUUAAAGCUUUUGCAGUGAAAACAAAUGAUAUGAUGUUGGUCAUAUAUCUAUCUUCCCUCAUCAGAAGUGUGAUUGCUCUCCAUAAUCUGAUCAAUAACAAGAUGCUUAACAAAGAACACGAAAAGGCAGAAGACUCGAAGCCAGUAGCUGUGCCUAGUGCUGCUGGUAGCUGAACAUGGAAGUGAGUUUUCGUUUGCGUGAUAACUCCAAUCUGGUUAGCCGAACAAAUUGUCUUAACAGAAUCCAGACUUACAUUUUGGCUAUGAUUGGUUUCUGCUUCGAUGAAUCAGCACUCAUCCCAAGUUGUACUAAUAUUCAUAUAGAGAUAUUAUGUUUUUAUUUUUAUUUUUGAAGUCUCAAUUUCUUGUCGUGACCAAUGGAAUGUUCGAAAUUCGAUGAUGAUUUUACUUUUUUGUCACUAGUUCUCCUCCUCUCUUGGAUUGAAUGAAUACUUUUUACGUUAGUUAAGUGAAGUGUUUCAUUUUUUUGUUUUU